AUGAAUCAUGCAAGUGAAGAAAUUAUUUUGAAAAAAUCAGAAUCACAAAAUCAAUCACUCGAAAACAAGAAUAUCAACGUAUUCCAUGUUAGAACUCAACAAAAAUUAGGCGAAACAAUACGAAAACUUAAAUUACAUACGACAAGCAUAGUCAACUCACAAUCUACAAAUGAUAAGAACAAACGAAUUUUUUUGAAAUGGAUUGAAUUGACUGAUUUGAAUACAAAAUGUAACUUUUGCUUUCCAGUCGAGGAUUAUUUACCAUCAAGUCCUGGUGAUGCAUUAGAAUUGACUGAAGUUCAUCAAGAUAGUAUCUGUGAAGAGAACAAUCAACAAGAAGUCAAUAAGAAAUAUUCUGAUGUAGAAAAAGAAAAAAAUCGAACAGAAGAAAAAAUCACUAAUAUUCAAUCAAAUGAUCACUUACAGUCUAUUCGUAAUACAACAAACUCAUCUGAAUUAUAUACUAAUAAAGAAAAUAAAGCUGACAAGACAUUUAAUGCACAAUUCAUUAUUACAGAAGAUAAAUCAAAAUAUGCCAAAUUAUACGAUAUUCGAACAAAAACUGCACAUCAAGGAUUUUUAGGCAUUAAAUCAUUAAUGAAAGCUAAUGUCUAUGUAAAAUUAUAUGAUAUUCAUCAUCAAUCAUCUGAAUCGAUUCCUCUAACAAUAUCUAGAUUACAUGAACGACCAUUUCGAUCAAAUCAAACAGAUCAAUUUCAAGUUGGUACAAUUAUUAAACUUGGUCCAUUAAAAAAAGUUGAAAUUUGGCAUGAUGGAAAGAAAGGAACACGAUUACAUUGUGAUACACUAGAAAUAACUGAUCAAAGUAAUGGACAAAUAUAUUGUUUUCAAAUCAAAGAAUAUCUUGAUAAUGAUACAAAACUUAUUUUAACCGAUUACGAUAAUCGACGAUGCCUUGAUAUUCAUUCGGAAUAUGAAAAGUUGUCAACAAAAGAUGCUAUUACGUAUCAGAACAAAGAUGAUGACCUAUCAAUAUUAUCGAAUACUGUACAAAUAAAAAGUCAAUUAUUACCAGCAACACAGCAAAAGACAUCAUUAACAAAUUUGAGUAGUGCUAUAACAAGUGUUGUGAGUUCAAAUACUCAUAUGAUUCAAACUUUAUUUAAAGUACGAACAAGAGUUGGUCACAAAACUCUUCUUUCUUUGGGUUUGGGUGGAACAGAUUUUCAAGUUUAUAUACGUAUACAUGAAGGUGAAAAAGUUACAGAAGAUAUAUUAUUAAAUAAUUCUUUGACACACAAUAAUCCAUUUGAAUCUGGCCAUAUAGAUGUAUUUGAAAUAGGUGUACCACAAUAUAUUAUAUCACCAGAUCGAAUUGAAAUAUUUCAUAAGGGAAAAAAACAUGAUGGUCUUUAUUUGAAAUGGAUUGAAGUUAUGAAUAUGAAUACAUUAGAACGAAAAUGUUUUCCUGUCAAUCGAUGGCUCGAGUUAAAUGAAGAUGAUAAAAAAACACAUAUUAUGUUAAGAGAUUUUAUUGUAAAUGAAUCAUGUGAAGAAAAUGAAUAUCGUGAACAUCAUUCACAUGAUCAAUAUAAAACUGAAUAUGUUAUUAGAACUAAAACAAGUUUAAAUCAACCAAUAAAUAAUAGUGAUACUCAUGCAAAUAUUUAUUUGAAAAUAUAUAAUGAUAAAAAGAAAUAUACAGAAGAUAUGUUAUUAAGUCAUUCAAAACAUCACACAAAUCCAUUUCGAGCAGGAAAAAUUGAUAAAUUUGAAAUUGGAUCAAUUCAUUUGAUGGAUGAUACUAUUGAUAGAAUUGAAUUAUGGCAUGAUAAUACAUCCAAUUUUGAUUGGUUCUGUGAAUGGAUUGAAAUAAAAAAUAAAAAAACCGAUAAUAUAAAAUGUUUUGGUGUUAAUCGAAUUUUAUCACGAAAAUCAUCUGAUGGUACAACUAAAAUUGUACUUACUAUUCAUUCACAUUAUCCAUGUGAUAAAAUUGAACGUGAAUUACAUAAUUUAGCUAACACUGUAGGUAUUCAAGAUCGAUAUUCUCAUAUCGAUAAAAUACAAUAUAUUCCUCAACGAUAUUAUCAUUCACCGAAUAAACAUGAUUUUACUAAAAAAUAUAUAAUAACAAUAAAAACAGGAAAUAAAACAAUAUCAGGAACUGAUAUCAAUGUAUUUAUUCGUUUGUAUGAUGAUCAAAAUCGUCAAUCAGAAGAUAUGUUACUUGAACAAACAGUAACAAAUAAAAUUCCAUUUCAAAAACAUGCUGUAGAUGAAUUUCACACUGGUACAUUAAAUAAUUUAUCAAAUUUACAAAAAGUUCAUUUAUGGUAUACGGGUGAGAAAAAUGAAGGAUGGAAUGUUGAAUGGUUACAAAUCGAAGAUAUUGAUAUGAAUCAUCUUUAUUGUUUUCCUGUGAAUAAAUGGUUUGAUUCAAAUUCAAAUGAUAGAACAACUCAUAUCGUACUCACAGAAUUCACUGUGAAUGAACCUUGUUCAAGAUUAUCUAGUCAAAAGGGUGAGAAAAAUAAUCAACUAUUACAAUUCAAACGAUCAUAUCAUGUUGAAACUAAGACUGGAACAAAAGGAUUUCUCCGAUUAUCUCCUACAGGUACAAAUGCAAAAGUAUAUAUGAGAAUUCAUGACAAAAAUGGACAAGUAUCUGAACCCAUUGAACUUCAUCAAUCUAUUAAUCAUAAGAAUAAAUUUGAACGAGGACAAACAGAUGAAUUCGAUGUUGGCUCCACUCAAUCACUCGAUGGUGUUGAUAAACUCGAAUUAUGGCAUGAUGAUACUGGUAUUGGACAUGGAUGGUUUGCUGAUUAUGUAGCUGUCAUCGAUAAUAAAACUGGUGAAGAAGCAUGUUUUUUUAUUGGAGAAUAUUUAAACAAGCAGAAUGGUGGAAUCGAAGAAAAACAUCUCAUAUUAGAUAAACAAACACUAGAUAAUCGACCAUGUCGUGAUCAUAAGUUUGAUGUAAAUGAAUCAACAAUUCAAGAAACUGUAGCAACAGGAAGUCCACCAACACCAUUUACACAAACAUACCGUAUUGAAAUAAAAACAGGUCAUACUGGUCUUUUUGGUUUGGGUGGAGCAAAUACAAAUGUAAAUGUAUUCAUUCGUAUUCAUGAUAAUAAUGAUAAUAUGUCUGAAUCACUUCAACUUAAACAUUCGUUAAAACAUAAAAAUAAAUUUGAAAGAAAUCAAACUGACCAAUUCGAUGUAGGCACUCGUAAAAGUCUUGAUGGUGUUAAAAAGGUCGAAUUAUGGCAUGAAAGUGAUAAAAACGAAGGAUGGCAAGUGGAUUUUAUUCAAGUAAUAGAUAACAAAACAGGAAAUUCCUACUGUUUUUUUAUCAAUGCCAUGCUCAAUAAAAAUUCUGGCUUAAAAAAAACUCAUGUUUUACUUCAAUAUCCAUCAAUAAAUGUUUCAUGCUUGGAUGAACUACAGGCAAUGAAACAAAUGCAUAAUACCACAACAAUAAACAUGAUUAAUUCUCAGAAGAAUGAUAAAAUUGAAAGAAAUUUUACGAUUAGAACUAAAACAGGUAAUCAAAUAGAAGCUGGUUCGACAACACCUAUUCAUAUUCAAUUGUUCGAUGAUCAAGAUCAAAAAUCUGAAGAUAUACGUCUUAAACAUAAAGAUCAUGAUAAACAUAAUUUUGAACCGGGUGCUAUUGAUGAAUUUCAAGUUACAUCUUUUCAACCACUCUCUAAUAAACUCAUAGGUAUCCGUGUUAAACAUAAUGCUGAUAAAUAUCAAGGAUGGUAUGCUGAAUGGAUCGAAAUUACAGAUGAAGAUAAUAUACAAACCUAUUGUUAUCCUAUUCAACGAUGGCUUGAUAAAGCUGAAAAUGAUAAACAAACUGAUAUAUAUUUCACGGAUGUUUCUGAUGUACCAUGUGAUUCAUUACUAGAUACAAUGCCUCAAUCAGGUCAUCGAUCUAUACCAACUAUUCGAGGAACACCUGUCGGUACUGUGUCAUCGUUAACAUAUCUAUCACAGACGUCAGCUCAAACAUUAGUUACAUCUUACAAAAAUACUUAUCAUGUGAAAACUAAAACGGGAAAGAAAGGUUUUCUAGGUUUUUCACCAACAGGAACGAAUGCAAAAGUUUUUUUACGAAUUAUUGAUAAAAAUGGUGAUGUAUCGGAAAAUCUUCAAUUACAUGGUUCAACUGAUCAUAAAAAUAAAUUUCAACGAGGUCGAACUGAUGAAUUUGAUAUUGGGACAAGCAAACAGUUAAAUGGUAUUGAUCAAAUUGAAUUAUGGACAGAUGAAAAAGGUUUGGGUAGUGGAUGGUUUCCUGAAUACAUCCAAGUAACUGACAACAAGACAGGUGAUAUUGCUUGCUUUCCUGUCAAUCAAUAUUUAAAUCAUAAGAAUGGUGGAAUUGAAGACAAUCCAUUAAGAUUGAAAAGAGUAAUAGAUGAACGAUCUUGUCAAGAAUCAAUCGAAGAUAGUAAUGAUAUUGAUAAUGAAUCCGAAGAACAGAUGUUAUCUUCUAAUGUGAAAUUUUCCGCUUUAUCAAGUAAAUACAAGAAUACAUUUUCAGUAAUAACUAAAACUGGUCAUGUCGGUCUCGGCUCUACUAGAACUCAUACUCCGGUAUUUAUUCGUUUACAUGAUAUUAAAGGCAAAAUAUCUGAAGCAAUUCAAUUACAGAAUUCUAUUAGACAUACGAACAAAUUCGAAAAAAAUCAAACUGAUCAGUUUGAUGUUGGAAUUUGUGAAUUGCUUGAAGAUAUUUCACGAGUCGAACUUUGGCAUGAAAAUGAUAAGAACAAUGAAUGGCAACUUGAAUAUAUACAAAUAAUUGACAAUCAAACAAAUACAUCUUAUUGUUUUCCUGUUAAUAAAAUGCUUGAUAAAAAUUAUGGUUCAAAACAAACUCAUAUCUUACUUGAAACACCAUUGAUUAAUAUAUCAUGUUCCGAUCAAAGUCAAGUAGUACAAAGAAAUCGAAUGAAUACAGAUAUGACUAUUUCGAAGAAGAAAAACGAUAAAUAUGUACGAAACUUUACUAUUCGAACAAAGACAGGUAAUCAAAUAGAAGCAGGUUCGACAACACCCAUUCAUAUUCAAUUAUUCGAUGAUCAACAACAAAGUUCAGAAGAUAUUCGUUUGAAACAUCACAAUCAUGAUAAACAUAAUUUUGAACCUGAUGCUAUCGAUGAGUUUCAAGUAAUAUCUCAUCAACCAUUAUCAAAUCAAUUAACUGGUAUUCGUAUUAAACAUAAUGCUGAUAAAUAUCAAGGAUGGUUUUGUGAAUGGAUAGAAAUCAUAGAUGAUGAUAACGGAAAAAUCUAUUGUUAUCCAAUACAACGAUGGCUUGACAAAGCAGAAAAUGAUAAGAAAACUGAUGUGUAUUUUACUAAUUUAUCAGAUGUUCCCUGCAGUUCUUUACCUGAUACAAUGAUGGAAUCAGGUCAUCAUUCAGUUCCCGUUAUUCAAAAAUCACAUAUAUCACAAUUAUCGUCGGAAAUAUCUUCUAUACCAUUUCAAAAUACAUAUCAUGUAGAAACAAAGACGGGAAAGAAAGGUUUUCUUGGUUUAUCAUCUACUGGUACAAAUGCUAAUAUAUAUAUUCAAAUUAUUGAUCGUAAUGGAAAUAAAUCAGAACCAAUUCAAUUGAAAGCAUCUAUUGAUCAUAGAAAUAAAUUUGAACGUGGUCAUAUUGAUGAAUUCGAUAUUGGCGUCACAAAAUUACUCAAUGGUAUUAACCAGUUAGAAAUUUGGACAGAUGGAAAAGGUUUAGGACAUGGAUGGUAUGCUGAUUAUGUUAUUGUGACAGAUAAUAGAACAGGCGAAGAAGCAUGUUUUCUAAUCGGUGAAUAUUUGAACAAGGAAAAUGGUGGUGUAGCUAUUAAUCAUCUUAUAUUGGAUAAGCUGACAGGCAAUAUUUCAUGUCGUGAAAGACAUCGAAAACAGGAAGAUGAUCUUGAUACUAUUCGAACACGUCAAAUUGAAGCUAUUAAAUCAAUCAUAAGUUCUUCAGACGAUUCUUCAUCUACUAUUGUCUACAAAAGAACUUAUCAUAUUGAUACAAAAACAGGUCGUAAAGGAUUUUUGGGUCUAUCUCCAACUGGUACUAAUGCAGAUGUCUAUCUACAAAUUCAUGAUAAAUCGGGUCAUAUAUCCGAACCAAUUUCUUUACGUUGUUCAACAAAACAUUCAAAUCCAUUUGAAAAGGGCAAAACAGAUUCAUUUGAUGUUGGUACAAAAGAAUCACUCGAUAGUAUUGCUAAACUUGAGUUAUAUCAUGAUGGAACUGAUCUUGGUCAUGGAUGGAAUGUAGACUAUGUCAAUAUUCUUGAUAAUACAACGGGACAUAAUUAUUGUUUUCCAGCUAAUAAAUGGCUUAGUAAUUCUGAACAUUUAAUAUUAGAUAAUUAUGUAUCGAAUGUAUCAUGUGAAGAAGUAAUUAAAGAACAAAUGGAAGCAAAGAUUGAUACAAAUAAUAUGAAAACCAAACAGAAACGUAGUUUUACUGUACAAACUAAGACAGGCUCGCAAGUGGAAGCUGGUUCGACAACACCAAUUUAUAUACGUCUUUUUGAUAAUCAUUCUCAAAAAUCUGAAAAAAUUCGUUUAAAACAAAAAGAUAAGGAUGGUCAUCAUUUUGAACCAGGUUCAAUAGAUGAAUUUCAUAUAACAUCCGAUAAACCAUUGAAUACAUUAACCGCCAUUGAAAUUUCACAUAGUGCUGAUAAAUAUCAAGGAUGGUAUGGUGAAUGGAUAUCAGUAACUGAUAAUGAUGAAAAUGAAACAUACUGUUUUCCCUUACAACGUUGGUUAGAUAAAGGAGAAUUAGAUGGAAAAACUGAUAUUUAUUUAAAACAUAUUCGUACAAUGAUUCCUUGUGAACAAUUAUCUGAUACAAUGAAACGACAAAGUUUAUUACUAAGUAGAUCUAUUCAAAGUUCAACAAUAAAAAAUAUUGUAGAAGGAUAUAAAUCAUUAUAUCAUGUACAAACAAAAACAGCAAAAAAAGGUCUUUUGGGAUUAUCACCAACAGGAACUGAUGCAAAUGUAUUUAUUCGAAUUCAUGAUAAAGAUGGCAAAAUAUCUGAACCACUUGAACUUAAAAAUUCUAUUGAUCAUAAAAACAAAUUUGCUCGUGGAAAGAUAGAUGAUUUCGAUGUUGGAUCAAUCCAUGAAUUAAAUAAUAUCGAUAAACUUGAAUUAUGGACUGAUAGCAAAGGCAUUGGCAAUGGAAAUGAAAAAUAUGGUGGAUUAAAGAAUGAUCAUUUAAUAUUAGAUAAACAAAAAGAUAAUCGACUAUGUCAUGAAUUAAAGAAAGAUGAUACAAUCAAUUUAUAUGAUAAAAAUUAUGAUCAAGCCAAACAAAAUUUUCUUUCCAGCGUAGAAUCUCAAGGAAGAUUUCAAGUUGAAAUUAAAACAGGUCAUACUGGUUUUUUGGGAUUGGGUAGUGCUGGAACUGAUGCAUCUGUAUUUAUUCGAAUUUAUGAUAGUAAUGAUCGUAAAUCUGAAGCAUUUCAAUUGAAACAUUCGACCAAACAUAAAAAUAAAUUCGAACGAAAUCAAACAGAUCAUUUUAUUGUUCAUACUGACGAACCAUUUGAUAGCAUUGCUAAACUUGAUUUAUGGCAUGAAGGUAAUAAAAAUGAUGGAUGGCAAGUUGAUUAUGUUAAUAUUAUUGACAACAAAACAAAUACAUCUUAUUGUUUUCCGGUAAAUACAAUGCUUGAUCAAAAUUCUGGUUUCAAACAAACAAGUAUUCAUCUUGAAAAUCCAUUAAUUAAUAUAUUUUGUAAAGAAGAAACUGAAGCAAUUAAAAAAAGUCAUAGUUAUACAUCAAUAUCAAAAAAACUUAAAUCAGAUAAAUUAUCUCGAAAUUAUACUGUUCGAACAAAAACAGGUAAUCAUGCAUCAGCUGGUUCGACAACACCUAUACAUCUUCAAUUAAUUGAUAUAUAUGAUAAAAAAUCGAAAGAUAUUCAAUUAAAGAAAAAAGAUAUGGAAGGUCAUCAUUUUGCACCUGGUAAUAUUGAUGAAUUUAAAUUCACAUUACCUGAAUCAUUAUCAACAUUAAAAGCUGUUAAACUUUCACUUGAUGCUGAUAAAUAUCAAGGUUGGUAUGGUGAAUGGAUUUCAAUUACCGAUGAUGAUAAUCAAGAAACCUAUUGUUUUCCGAUUCAACGUUGGUUAGAUAAAGGUGAACAUGAUCAUAAAACUCAUGUUACUCUAUAUCAACAAUCUACUAUUCCGUGUAAUCAAUUAUCGGAUUCAAUACUUAUUCGAUCUUCAUUAAUGAAUAAUGAAGAUAAUGAACCAUCAAGCAAUAGUGAAGGAAAUAUUAAAGCAUCUAUCAUAAGUUCUUUAUCAUUAGAUCAUCAAUAUGAAUAUAUUAGUCCUCAUGAUUUUCAAGUACAUACGAAAACAGCUGAUAAAUCAUUACAAGGCAAACUUGGACGUGAUGCUAAUGUUUAUUUAAAUAUCUAUGAUAAAAAUAAUAAACAAAUCAGUAGUUCCAUACGACUUCAAAAUUCUAAAAAUCAUAAAAUACCAUUUCAAAGACAUCACACUGAUAAAUUUCAUAUAACAAUACCAAAUAUAAAAAUUAAUAAUAUUGAUCGAAUCGAUUUAUAUCAUGAUGGACAAAAUGAUGGAUGGCUUUGUGAUUUUGUUGAAAUCAAAAAUCCUCAAACAAAUGAAACAAAAUGUUUUUCUGUUCAUCAAUGGUUAGAUAAAGUAUCUGAUGAUAGAAUUCAAUUUUCAAUGACUAAUUAUCAAAAUAUUUCAUGUGAUGAUAAACAACAUGCUACAAAUCAUCAUUAUUAUAUUGUACGAAUUAAAACAAAUACAACAAAUUUAACAUCAAAUGAUUCAGUGAAUAUAUUCAUUAAACUCUUUGGUAAAUCUCAUCAAACAGAACAAAUUCAAUUAGAUCAAACAAUUGAUAAUAAACAAGCAUUUCGACGAAAUAAUUCUAUAGAUAUAUUUGAAAUACGAACAUCGACUAAAUUAAAUUCACUUCAAAAAAUCGAAUUUUUUUAUGAAUUUUCAUCAAAUAAUAGAAAAUUUUCUAUAGAAUGGAUUGAAAUAACUAAUUUAUUGAAUGGUAUUAUUUCCUGUUUUCCAGUUAAUCGUAUAUUAACACAAUUAGAUAUUAACAGAGGAAUGCAACAAAUAUUAACUUUGAAUGAAUCAAAUAAUAAACCUUGUUCUUAUUAA